AUGGGCUUCGAUAUCUCCCAUCCUCAUUUGCCAAACACCUGGAUAUCGCGCUACGGAAUUCCUGCGACGCUCACGACCGAUCGCGGGUCUCAGUUCGAGUCCGAGCUCUGGAGGCAACUGAUGAUUCUUCUCGGCUCAAAGCGCAUCCGGACCACGGCAUACCAUCCCAGUGCCAACGGCAUGGUAGAGUGCCUACAUCGCCAGUUGAAGGAGACCUUCACAGCUUCAUCCUCCACACGUCAAUCGGUUGACCAGUUGCCCUUGGCGAUCCUGCACAUACGGACCUCUUUCAAGCAGGACCUUCAAUGCACCGCAACUGAGAUGGUUUACGGAACCACCAUAGCCCUCCCGGCCGACUUCGUAGUUAGCUCCGGAAGUCAGGACCCGGGAGCUUUGGGAAAGCAGCUUUGCGACCGCAUGGCCCGUAUCCGCUCUCGUCCUACCUGA